UUAAAAGAAUCAGUAAAGAAUUGCAUGAUUCAGGACAAUACUUAUUGUCGACUUGCAGUGCUGGUCCUAUUGAUGAUGAUCUUUUUCAUUGGCAAGCAACAAUUAUGGGACCUCCUGGUUCCCCAUACUCAGGUGGUGUAUUUUUCCUUGCUAUUCAUUUUCCUACAGAUUAUCCGUUUAAACCACCAAAGGUUAACUUUACAACAAGAAUAUUCCAUCCGAAUAUCAACAAUAAUGGAAGUAUAUGUAGCUGCUGUGUGAAUAUUUUAGGGGACCAAUGGUCGCCAGCAAUUACCAUAUCGAAGGUACUCGUUACAAUCUGUACAUUGUUGACUGAACCCGAUCAAGAAUGUUUGUUAGUGCCCGCAGUAUCUCAUUUGUAUAAUAACGAUCGUAAUCGUUAUGAAGCUAAUGCUAGGGAAUGGACUCGCAAAUAUUCUAUGCUAUUAUCUGAAUUGAAUUAGGUCCAUCCGUAUAUACAGUAUGUUAUCAUAUAUACAGUACAAUACAAUAUUUUGUUCUUCGUUUUACGAUUAAUAUUUCACUUACAGUAAAUCCAAUAAUGUAAUCAAAUCUAGUUUUAUUGAAUAAUAUUACAGAUAAUGGCAAUGAAUUAAUAAAGAUUAUAGG